AUGCUGCUGAUCAACUUUCACCUGCAGAGACACAUGGGAAAUUUUUUGAUACAAGUUUAUGGACCAUGUGUUCUUCUUGUGGUUUUGUCGUGGGUUUCUUUUUGGUUGAACAGAGAGGCAACUGCAGAUAGAGUAUCACUAGGAAUAACAACUGUACUCACGAUGACAUUCUUGGGACUAGAAGCUAGGACUGAUUUACCUAAAGUUCCUUAUCCUACAGCAUUAGACUUUUUUGUUUUUUUGUCUUUUGUAUUUAUAUUUGCAACAAUUAUUCAGUUUGCAGUAGUUCACUAUUUUACAAAAUAUGGAUCUGGAGAAUGCUAUUUUAGUUCAGAUCUUAGUUCUGAUGAAUCAAGCUCAGAUGAUGAAGUUUGGACAACCAAUGACUCCCAUCUGACAGAAAGGAAUGGAAGAAAAUCAAGCUCAUCUAGCACUGGAAGGAAGAAAUCUCAAAAUCAUCCCAGCAAUUUAGAAAACACCUAUUUAGAGGUUAUCCCAUUAUCAGCUUGUACUAUUUCUUCAUUAAAUGGAAGAAGAGAAUCAUGGACCACUGGACUAUCUUCUUGCUUGGGUUGUCCAAAUCCAGAAGAGGUAGCUGAAAGGUCUGUUUCACCACCUCAGACAAAGAAACCUCAUUCAAAAAGGAGACGGAAAAGGACACCAAGAUUUAACAGUGUUUCAAAAAUAGAUAGAGCUUCAAGGAUUGUAUUUCCUCUGUGUUUUUUGGCAAUUAAUUUAUUUUACUGGUACACUUAUUUGUACAGGAGUGAAAGGAUUAGAAAAAAAUAA